AUUUCCGGGCCCUGAGGAGAGAUAUUUUGGGGCUGUGGGCCUUUGCAGAACCUGUGAAAUCGCUCACCCCGCAGUAGACCUGACCAAUCCCCUUAAGCCAUCAGCUCACUCAUUGGACAUCCUAGGCCUGCUUGGAGUUCUGUUCCUCCCGUCCACCCUUUUGGGUUUCUUUGGAGCCCAGGCGAGCCUGGGGGUCCCUGCCGUCCAGCCUGCAGUGGAGAAAGAGGGAGCCAGCUCCAGCAGCCGCCAUGGCGUCUCGCAUCGGGCUGCGCAUGCAGCUCAUGCGGGAGCAGGCGCAGCAGGAGGAGCAGCGGGAGCGCAUGCAGCAGCAGGCUGUGAUGCACUACAUGCAGCAGCAGCAGCAGCAGCAGCAACAGCAGCUGGGAGCGCCGCCCACCCCCGCCAUCAACACCCCUGUCCACUUCCAGUCACCACCGCCUGUGCCAGGCGAGGUGCUGAAGGUGCAGUCCUACCUGGAGAACCCCACUUCCUACCACCUGCAGCAGUCACAGCACCAGAAGGUGCGCGAGUACCUGUCCGAGACCUAUGGGAACAAGUUUGCCGCCCACCUAAGCCCUGCUCAAGGCUCCCCAAAGCCCCCACCGGCUGCCUCCCCUGGGGUGCGGGCGGGACAUGUGCUGUCCACUUCUGCUGGCAACAGUGCCCCCAACAGCCCCAUGGCCAUGCUGCACAUCAGCUCCAACCCUGACAAAGAGUUCGAUGAUGUCAUUGACAACAUCAUGCGCCUGGAUGACGUCCUGGGCUACAUCAACCCUGAGAUGCAGAUGCCCAACACGCUCCCCCUGUCCAGCAGCCAUCUGAACGUGUACAGCAGCGACCCCCAGGUCACGGCCUCCCUGGUGGGCGUCACCAGCAGCUCAUGCCCCGCAGACCUGACCCAGAAGCGAGAGCUCACAGAUGCUGAGAGCCGGGCCCUGGCCAAGGAGCGGCAGAAGAAAGACAAUCACAACCUAAUUGAAAGGAGGCGCAGGUUCAACAUCAAUGACCGCAUCAAGGAGUUGGGAAUGCUGAUCCCCAAGGCCAACGACCUGGACGUGCGCUGGAACAAGGGCACCAUCCUCAAGGCGUCCGUGGACUACAUCCGGAGGAUGCAGAAGGACCUGCAGAAGUCCAGGGAGCUGGAGAGCCACUCUCGGCGCCUUGAGAUGACCAACAAGCAGCUGUGGCUCCGCAUCCAGGAGCUGGAGAUGCAGGCACGUGUACACGGCCUCCCCACCACCUCCCCGUCUGGCAUGAACAUGGCCGAGCUAGCCCAGCAGGUGGUGAAGCAGGAGCUGCCCAGUGAAGAGGGCCCCGCCGAGGCCCUGAUGCUGGGCGCCGAGGUCCCUGACCCUGAGACGCUGCCCGCUCUGCCCCCGCAGGCCCCACCGCCCCCACCCGCCCAGCCACAGUCCCCCUUCCAUCAACUGGACUUCAGCCACAGCCUGAGCUUUGGGGGUGGGGCUGACGAGGGGCCCCAGGGCUACACCGAGCCCCUGGGGCCAGAGCAUGGCCCCCCAUUCCCCAGCCUGUCCAGGAAGGAUCUGGACUUCAUGCUUCUGGACGACUCCCUGCUGCCCCUGGCCUCAGACCCCCUCUUCUCCACCAUGUCGCCCGAGGCUUCCAAGGCUAGCAGCCGGAGGAGCAGCUUCAGCAUGGAGGAAGGGGAGGUGCUGUGACACCACUGCCCGCCCCUGUGCUGGGGGGGGGGCGUGGGGGGCGGGCCGGGCCGGCCCCUCCCCCUUCAGGGUGCACCUGUGUGUGAAGUAGCCACCUGCCCCGCCUCAUGCCUCCCUGUUGGCUCCUUGUUUGGACUUAGUGCCUGCCUGGCAGCCUGUGGGGUGAGGAGCAGACCCCCCCACACACACCCAGCCUGGCUCUGUGCACCCCUCCAUAUCCCCAUGGAGCUGGGUGGGAACAGGAGAGGGCACAUGGAGGGGACAGUGGGCCGUUCCCCUAUCCCGGGGAAGGACAACAGCCAUGGUGGGUUCUGGAAGCUGCUUUCUGAGGCCACCGGGGGUCCUUUCCGGGGCCCAGCCUGCGGCCAAACCGACCCCUGCCCACUGCCCUCCUCCCCGCAGGGCUCCCACCCCCCCUUUGGUGCUAACAGCUCUCCACCUGGUGGUGUGAGGGUGGGGGUGGCUGGAGGAGAGGGUGGGCGGGGCUCAGGUGAGAGUGGGAGAGCAGUCCCCUCUCGCCCUCCCACUUUGUGCCUUUAGUAAACACUGUGCUUUGUA